AUGCCGUCCGGCCACGUCAAAGCAACCGUCAACGGCACCACCAUCGCCGAGGCGGACCACUACGAGUUUGUCGAGGGAAACAUCUACUUCCCGCCCGACGCAAUCCGCUCCGAGUAUUUCCAAAAGACGAGCCACUCAACCCACUGCCCCUGGAAGGGCGACGCGAGCUACUACACCAUCAAGGUGGGCGGUGACAGCGGAACCGAGCUGGAGAAUGCCGCAUGGUACUACCCCGAGACAUAUGACAAGGCGGCCCACAUCAAGGACUAUGUCGCCUUUUACAAGAACAAGGUUGACAUUUCAGGACCCUGA